GGGUUGCGUUUUGUAAAAAAGAGUAUUUUUCCGGACGAGAUUUCGCGAGAUCUUGUUCGCGCCAUUCCCACACGUGGGUGAAAUUAUCAUAUUUAAAGCCGUUUGUGUUCACUUCUUUUAUCACACACACAGCUACAGAGAGCUCGCUCCCUUUCUUAUAAAAAGACACGCUGCUAGAAGAACUCUUGUCCGAGAAAUUCGGCCAAGAUGUGGAUCCAAGUCCGUACUUUUGACGGAAAGAGGCAGGUACAGAUAGACGGCCUGUCGAAGCUGACGAAAAUCGAGGAACUGAGGGGGAGGGUGGACGAAGUUUUCGACGACUCGCCGCCCGAGAGACAACGCCUCUUCUACCGCGGAAAACAGCUGGAGGAUGGGCACACCCUGUUUGACUACAGCGUGGGGCUGAAUGAGAUCAUCCAGCUGCUGGUUAGGCCGGCCGACACUGGCCAAUCAGAAGGCAGCUCAGUCGCCACUGAAACCGCAUCCGACAAGGAGGAGCCCAUGGAAGAGCUGGAGCUAGAACCAUCCACCCCUGAUGCACCGAUGACCAAUGGGGAUGUGGACUCAGACACAGGACUGUCCGACCCUUCCACAAGCGGGCAGGCAGGGCACAUCAAAGGACUCUACGCGGUAGGAGACUUGGUAGAUGCCAGAGACUUGCGGAUCGGCGCCUGGUUCGAGGCCACGAUCCUAAAAAUUACGCGGGCAUCUUCUGAUUCCUCCGAAAACCACAAAGACGAUAAUUCUCAGGGAACAACAAGCGAGUCCAAAGACCAAGAAGCUGCCGCUGCUACCCAAGACAUUCCCGCACACGGCAGCUCAAAUUCUGUCUUAAAUGGUACCUCAGACACAAGACAAACACAGGAGGACACCGAGAAAUCUUCUGAGGAUACCUCCUUACAAUCAGGGAAGGGCGACGGCGAUAAAACUACCUCACAACGCGAGGAAACGGCCCCAGCUACUACCUCGUCGGAAAAGGACAGUGGAGACAUGGAGGUGGACGGCCUUCCCAACGGAGCUUCUGCGGAAAAUGUGGUUCUGAAUGGAGAUGGGAGCGACGCAAGUCGGUCGGGAGAGGAGGAGAUGGAAGAGGAGGGGCUGGUGUACCACGUCAAGUUUGAAGACUACGAGGAUGAUGUUGCACAGCUCCGGAGCGUGGACAUCAGACCGCGAGCGCGGACCGUCAUCCCGUUCGAGGACGUGCAGCAAGGCAUGCUGGUCAUGGCGAACUAUAACCCUGACGAACCCAAGGAGCGAGGCUACUGGUACGACGUAGAGGUCGUCGCCAAGAAGGCCAAGAGAACCAACAAGGAACUGAUUGGCAGAAUCCUGUUGGGUUCGAGAGGUGACUCCAUCGAGGAUUGUCGCCUGAUCUUCACGGAGGAGAUCUUUAAGAUCGAGAAGGCGGGCGAGUGUCCCAACGUUAACAUCAACCAGGUCAACGGCGAGGAUAUGGAGGACCUCAGACGUAAGAAGACACCUGAGUGUAUGCAGUGUCUGGACGACCCGAACAAGAAGUGUAAACACUGCAACUGUCACGUGUGUGGAGGGAAGGAAGACCCAGACAAACAGCUACUGUGUGAUGAGUGUGACUCUGCCUUCCACAUGUACUGUCUGACUCCACCCAUGGAAGUACUACCAGAUGAUGAUGAAUGGUACUGCCCUCUGUGCCGUAACGACACGUCAGAGAUUGUGAGGGUCGGGGAGAAACUCAAGGAGAGCAAGAAGAAAUCCAAGAUGGCGUCCGCUAAAGGCACCAGCACUCGUGACUGGGGGAAGGGCAUGGCGUGUGUUGGCAGGACAAAAGUUUGCAACCUGGUCCCCCCUAACCACUUUGGACCCAUCCCAGGUGUGCCUGUGGGAACCAUGUGGAAAUUCCGCGUACAGGCCAGUGAAGCUGGUGUCCACCGUCCACACGUGUCUGGGAUCCACGGCAGGGAGACAGAGGGAGCCUACUCCAUCGUACUGUCUGGGGGAUAUGAGGAUGACAAGGAUGAUGGGGAGGAGUUCCUGUACACGGGCAGCGGAGGUCGUGACCUCUCAGGGAACAAGCGCACAGCUGAGCAGUCAUGUGACCAGAAACUCACCAAGAUGAACCUUGCCCUAGCCAGGAACUGCGCUGCCCCACUGGACACUAAGAAAGGAGCAGACAGUAAGGACCGGUGGCAGGAGGGGAAACCAGUCAGGGUGCUGAGGAACUGUAAGGGUCGAAAACACUCCAAGUACGCGCCUGAAGACGGCAACAGAUACGACGGAAUAUAUAAGAUAGUGAAGUACUGGCCAGCGAAGGGUAAGUCCGGUUUCCUGGUCUGGCGUUACAAACUCCGCCGGGACGACCCGGAAGCCGCGCCGUGGACCAAGGAGGGACAGAAAACAGCCAAGAAACUCGGACUCACCAUGCAGUACCCAGAUGGCUACCUGGAGGCUCAGGCUGCCAAGGAGAAGGAGAAGGAAGGAGGGACACCAGCUAAGGGCAAGGGGAAGAGGAAACGGGGGUCAGAUGAUGAGGGCACUCCCAGUAAGAAGAAGGGCGGUGCCUUGCGAGAAGUCUCUGCAGAGGUACAGAAGAUGCUUAAGGAGGAUGAGAAGAAUAAGAAGCUGUGGGAUGAGGCCCUUAAGGCGGCGAAGGGCGGCGACUCCUUCCUCCCCAAGGUCGAGGAGACUUUCCUGUGCAUCUGCUGUCAGGAGCUGGUGUUCCAGCCGGUUUCUACGGAAUGUGGACAUAAUGUUUGUAAGGCGUGCCUGCAGAGGUCGUUCCGCGCCCAGGUGUACUGCUGUCCCGCCUGUCGGCACGACCUUGGGAAGGGGUACAGCAUGGCGACCAACAAGGAGCUCCAGGCCAUCCUGAACCUGCUGUUCCCUGGGUACAGCGCAGGCAGAUAAACAAGUCAACAACAACAACAA